AUGGCUACAGAGGAAUUACUGGAUUUUUCUGUGGCGUCAAUGGUGGAGAACGUUCUUCAUCAGCAUGGAAAGAGGCUUAAUGACAUUGAUUUGGCUUCAAGAAAGGCUGAGGAAGCUUCGUUGAGAAGAUAUGAAGCAGCUGGAUGGUUGAGGAAGGCAGUUGGAGUUGUUGGGGGCAAAGAUUUGCCGGCAGAGCCUUCAGAAGAAGAUUUUAGACUCGGAUUGCGAAGUGGGAUAAUACUUUGCAAUGUUCUAAACAAGGUUCAGCCUGGUGCAGUCCAAAAAGUAGUUGAAAUGCCUUGUGAUUCUGUUAAUGUGCCUGAUGGGGCUGCACUUUCAGCAUACCAGUACUUUGAAAAUGUGAGGAACUUUCUUGUAGCUAUAGAGGAGAUGGGGCUUCCUACAUUUGAAGCCUCUGAUUUGGAACAGGGAGGGAAAGCCUCAAGAGUGGUGAAUUGUGUACUAGCACUGAAGUCAUAUAGUGAUUGGAAACAAGGAGGUGCAAAUGGAUCGUGGAAAUUUGGAAAUGUCAAAGCUGCCCCAUCUGGAAAGCAAUUUGUACUGAGAAAUUCAGAACCAUUCAUGAAUUCCGUAUCAAGGACUUCGUCCAUGAGUGACAAAACCCUUGAUAGGUCAUUGAGCGAGCAGUUAUCAUUCAGUGAUCUAGGAUUGGAAAACAGUGAAAUGUGUAAAACUCCAUCUCUAAACAUGCUUGUCCGUGAACUUCUUUUGGAUAAGAAGCAGGAAGAUAUCCCAAUUGUUGUGGAGAACAUGCUAAGCAAAGUUAUGGAGGAAUUUGAGCACCGCUUAGCAACCCAAAAUGGCCAGAUACAAGCAUCUUUAAGAGAAAAGGCUGUUUCAGGUUCUUAUGAAUCUCCAAUGAUACCAUCUCCUAUGGAGAUACAAGCAUCUUUAAGAGAUAAGGCUGUUUCAGGUUCUUAUGAAUCUCCAAUGAUACCAUCUCCUAUGGAGAUGGAUCAUGUGUUUGUUUCUGUUUUAAUGGUUAAGAUGGAAACUAGGACACCUCCUGAAAUACUACACAAAAAAUGCUGCGACAAAAAAGACACUGAUGAUGGAAUAUCAGACAACCAGAAACAGCCUAAACAGACACUGGUGAGGCAACUGAAGUUGGUUGAGAAGCAGCAUACAGAGAUUCAGGUAUUGAAGUCUACCAUCCAAUCUACAAAAGCAGACCUAAACCUUCUGCAAAUGAAGUAUAAUGAGGAAGUUAGCAACCUAGGGACGCACUUGCGCAGCCUAGCCCAUGCUGCUUCAGGAUAUCAGAGAGUUCUUGAAGAAAAUAGGAAGCUAUACAAUCAAGUGCAGGACCUCAAAGGAAAUAUUAGGGUUUAUUGUCGAGUGAGACCUGUAAAAGGGCAAUCUAAUGAACUGAGCUCUGUGGACCACAUAGAUGAUGGUAGUAUUACAAUAAUUACCCCUUCCAAAUAUGGAAAAGAAGGGAGGAAAUCAUUCACUUUCAACAAGGCUUUUGGUCCAUCUGCAAGCCAAGCGGAAGUAUUUGCAGACACUCAACCUCUGAUACGAUCUGUCCUUGAUGGUUAUAAUGUAUGCAUAUUUGCUUACGGUCAAACAGGAUCUGGGAAAACUCAUACGAUGACCGGACCUGACGUUAUUACAGAGAAAACCAUGGGGGUGAACUACCGGGCAUUGAGUGAUUUAUUUAUGAUCUCAGAUCAAAGAAAAGAUACGAUUUCCUAUGAUAUCUCAGUUCAGAUGAUUGAAAUUUACAAUGAGCAAGUCAGGGAUCUUCUAGUGGCUGAUGAAAUUCGAAACAGUUCGCAAAAUGGUCUAAAUGUUCCAGAUGCAAAUCUUGUGCCGGUAAAAUCAACUUCUGGUGUCAUUAGUCUGAUGAACCUUGGACAGAAAAAUCGUGCAGUUGGUUCCACAGCUAUGAAUGAUCGCAGUAGUCGUUCUCACAGUUGUCUCACGGUUCAUGUUCAAGGAAAAAACUUGUCGUCUGGUGCACUCCUUCGUGGUUGCAUGCAUCUUGUUGACCUGGCAGGAAGUGAAAGAGUUGACAAAACUGAGGCAGUGGGUGAACGAUUGAAAGAGGCUCAACACAUCAAUAAGUCGCUUUCAGCACUAGGUGAUGUGAUUUCUUCUCUCGCCCAAAAGAAUUCCCAUGUUCCCUACAGGAACAGCAAACUCACACAGUUGCUGCAAGAUUCACUUGGAGGGCAAGCAAAGACAUUAAUGUUUGUUCACAUCGCCCCUGAGCAUGAUGCUAUUGGAGAAACGAUCAGCACUCUUAAGUUUGCAGAACGGGUUUCUUCUGUUGAGCUUGGUGCUGCUCGAGCAAACAAAGAAAAUUCUGAUGUGAAGGAGCUAAAAGAACAGAUUGCUAGCCUCAAGGCGGCUUUAGCAAGAAAGGAAGGAGAACCAGUGCGCCUUCAGUACUCAGGAUCUAGCAGUCCAGAGAGAUUCAGGUUGAAGUCUUCAGCUGGAUCUUCACCUUCACGCUCUAGUUGGCAAAGUUCAAGUAUCUCUGGUGAUCAUAAGCAACAGAUAGAAGACAUGGAUAACCUAGAGAUUAUGAAUAACUGUGCAUCAAAGCCAAAAAGGAAAAGCUUAGAUCUCCAGGACUUACUAAUGAACUCGCCUCCUUGGCUACCUGUUGGAAGUCCUGGUCUGAAGGAUGAUGAGAAAGAACGUGAUUGGGUGGACAAGGUUAUGGUUAUUAAGCAAGAAGGUGGAAGAAGAGAUAACACGCUAGGAUCAUGGGAAGAAGAAAGUAGACAGCUACCCGACAUGUUUUAUCAUAAACAGAACAGUAGAAAUCAGAUGGUUACAGAUGAUUCUGAUGAGUUAGAAGCUACAACCAGUGAUUCUUCUGAGCAGGAUUUUCUUUGGCAACCCAAUGUUCACAAAGUUACCAAUGUGUCCAACAGCACAGGGUCAAAGUUAAAGAAACCUAGUCCAAAACAAGUGAAGAGCUCUCCAGAGAUAAGGAGUUUAAUUCCUGCUCCACCAUCAAGAAGACUUUCCAAUGGGAUUAAUUCACCAAUAACAAAGGCUGGGAAGCAAGCACUUUCCAGUGAGGCAAAAAGAAAAGCAGGGAACAGCAAGUGAGAAACGCGGUAUGAGAUUUGCUUUGGGGGCAAUAGAAAGGGCUAAAAACAGCCAUGCAGUUUCUCCGGAGGGAUUUUGUUUCCUUGCUCUUUCCUUUCUCUUUUCGUGUUCACAAGCUUUCUGGUGUGGAUUGCAAAGACAGAGACAGAAAGACAGGAAGAUACAUAGACAGAGAAAUGACAUGAAGUGGUAAUAGAAACAGUUCCAGUAACUGGGAGUGUCCAGUGGUGAUCUUGAAAUUUUUGGUGCCCCACUGAUGAGUGUGUUACAUAGUUGUUUAUAGUAGUUUUUCUUGAUUUUCCUUCUGUAAAUUUGCUGCCUUUCUUAUUGGCUCCAUAGCAGAAAUGGGGAGA